AGCGCGCCAUCCACGCGAUCCAUUGCGCGCUGUCAGCCCUGCACUGGCUGUCUGGGCUGUCUGGGGGCCCAGACACCGAGCUCGUGAUGAGCUUCAUCCGGAAAAGGGGCUUUUACAAGCAAGAAGUGAACAAGACUGCCUGGGAGCUGCCCAAGACCUACGUGACCCUGACCCACGUGGGCAGCGGGGCCUACGGCGCAGUGUGCUCAGCCAUUGAAAAAAAGUCAGGAGAGAAGGUGGCGAUUAAGAAACUGAGCCGACCUUUCCAGUCAGAGAUCUUUGCCAAGAGGGCCUAUCGGGAGCUGAUGCUAUUGAAACACAUGCAGCAUGAGAACGUUAUCGGACUGUUGGACGUCUUUACUUCUGCUACGUCCCUGCACAACUUCCAUGAUUUCUAUCUGGUGAUGCCAUUCAUGCAGACGGAUCUCCAGAAGAUUAUGGGCACAGAAUUCACUGAGGAUAAGAUCCAAUACCUUGUCUAUCAGAUGCUGAAAGGGCUCAAGUAUAUCCAUUCUGCUGGAGUCAUCCACAGGGACUUGAAACCAGGAAACCUGGCUGUGAAUGAAGACUGUGAACUUAAGAUUCUAGAUUUUGGGUUGGCCAGGCAUGCAGAUGCUGAGAUGACGGGCUAUGUGGUGACUCGUUGGUACCGGGCCCCAGAAGUGAUUCUCAGCUGGAUGCACUAUAAUCAGACAGUGGACAUCUGGUCUGUUGGCUGCAUCAUGGCAGAGAUGCUGACUGGGAAAACUCUGUUCAAGGGAAAAGACUACUUGGACCAACUGACCCUGAUCCUGAAGGUGACCGGGGUUCCUGGAGCAGACUUUGUGCAGAAGUUACAGGACAAAGCAGCCAAAUCCUAUAUCCAGUCCCUGCCUCAGAGUCCCAAGCAGGAUUUCUCACAACUUUUCCCUCGUGCUAGCCCCCAGGCGGCAGACCUGUUAGAGAAGAUGCUUGAGUUGGACGUGGACAAGCGCUUGACAGCUGCUGAGGCUCUCGCCCAUCCCUUCUUUGACCAAUUCCGGGAUCUGGAGGAGGAGACGGUAGCCCAGCAGCCAUUUGAUGAUUCCAUGGAACAUGAGAAGCUCACAGUAGAUGAAUGGAAGAAUCUCAUCUACAAGGAGGUUUCAAGUUUCAGCCCUAUAGCACGGAAGGAUUCCAAGAGAAGAAGUCUCAUGAAACUACAAUGACCAGUCCAGAUCAUCCUGGGUUGAGUCAAUGCUUGCAGGACAAGAUGACACCACCUCAGGAGACACCCCUGGGACAGAUAUUUAUCAGUACCCAAUAAAAUGGAAUCUGCGUUUUGAUGCGAGGAUCCAAAUAGAGGACAGCCAGGCUCUUGUUUUCUUGGGGAGGGGACAGUGCCCCCCUGAUGUGUAGAACUGUUGACUUUAUGGCUCUUUUCCUUUGCAUUUGGGCACAAACAAUACUGUUAUGUGACUCAGGUGUCGCCCAGCCAAGAUGGAGUCUACAGCAGAAUUAAGAGAGAUUCAAAGAAAAUCACAGUUAAUGCAAUGGCCAGGAAGAUAACGUAUUAAGAUUAUUUGGGGGAGGAGGUGGCAGUGGCAGUGGCAGUGAGUGAGAUAUUGAACUUGGUUUAUCAGAAGAGUGUUGUGCCUCCGGGCAACUGAAGGUGACAUUUUUUUGGUUUUUGUUUUUAAUUUUUUUUUUUUUACCAGCGCCUGAUGGCAAAGGGUCAGGGGAACAAAAUACACACCCUUUUGUGGUGAUCAUUCCAGCUUUUUCUGGUCUCUUGGGAUCCCUGGUCUCAGAAAGGAUAGUUUUGGUGCAUCAAAACUAAACUGUUGGAGACAAAUUUUCAUUAGCAAAUACAAUUAUUAAGUGAGAGGCAGAAUGGGAAUAGUAGAAAGAGUGCAGGACACAGAUCCAGGAGACCUGGGUUCAAGUCCUGUCUCAGACACUGACUAUGUAACCAUGGGCAGGUCAUUUAUCCUUUCUGAGCCUCAGUGUCCUUGUGUGUUCAACUGGGAUAGUAGUACUUAAGGCACUCCCUACCUCACAGGGUUGUUGUGAGGAAAAUGUUUUGUUAGCCUUCACAUACUCUUUAAAUAUGAUUUUAAAAAUUGUGACUCUAGGACAGCCCAGUCUCUCCUUCCAUUCUGCCUGAUUCAGUGAGAUCCUACACUGAUGGGUGGAUCUGUGGAAUCCCAGUUCUCUCCUUCCUUAGUCCUACAUAAUUGCUGAAUAAAGCUUCCCAAAGCAUUGGGGUCUACACA